AAGACCUUUCUUAUCUUAUUUGUGUGAAUGCAAUACCAAAGAACGAGACGCAUUUUUAAUUUGUGCCAGCUCUUCAUGAAUGUUAAGAUGGCGAACGUGUUGAGAUUUUGUUGUGAAGUUUUUUUAAUACUUGUGGUUGUUGAAGAAACUUUGGGUGGUUGUACACAAGAUGGAUCAACUUAUAAAUGUAAGAGCAUAACUCAUGGAAAAACUGCAAGUCUUAAGGUGACAUGGUUAAAGUGCAGGCCACCAAAAAUUACAGUUCAAUUGAUCAUAGAAGAUGUAGGCGUGCAUUUUCAGAAAGAAUUUGAUGCUUUGAACAAUAAUAAAAGGACAGAUGUUUCAAUUCCCGGAGAGUCCUUUGCUGGACUGUAUGUUAAAGUUCAGAUGUUAGUUGAAGGUAGCCAUAAAAUGCAUGUCAAGAUUGACGUUGGGGUGAAAGAAACCGUCUAUUACUGGGAAACAUAUACAGUUUUUGACGAAAAUGUUGAUUGCAGCGGUCUGGGUGCGUGGUGGGACUCACGAAGUUCAACAACCAAAACCUUUUUGGUGGUUUGUAUAAUCUUUUUGAUAAUGACAAUGCCCUCUUCUUGCUGGUUGUAUCGUCGUGUUAGAAUGCAAAGGCGAGCUGUUACGACGCCUGUGGGAUCACCUGUGCAAAUGGCAGAGCCCCUGUCGUAUACUACAAGCUCUAACCUUCCUUAUUCCAAAUUAGAAAAAUAGUGAACAAGUUCAUGCCUUGUUUGAAGUCUGGAAGUGUUUAUUUUUAAAAUGUAUGUGUUUUUUUGCAUAAUGUUCUUUAUCCUUAAAAGAUGUUGUCCGAAAAAUUAUCUUUUAUUUGAAGUAAAUUAUCCCUUAAUAAAGAGUCUCCCAGUCACAAUUUUUUUGUAAGAGUAGAUCCAGAUGAAAUACCUAGUGUAAAUAAAAGUUUUUCAUAGUGAGAUUUUUUUCUUAUUACGUAUUACGUAUUUUUGUUUUGUUUAGUAACUUGUGUGUAGAAAAUAGUUUUGAUGACAAAUACAAACGUAUGUUCUUUGU